CCGGGUAAGAGUAACUGGUAACAGCAAUCACAUUCCGCAAGAUUUACAUGCGCGUGAGAGCUACGCGGUCGCGAGCCGGUGACAUUCUGAUCCAAACUCUGCAGAGCUAACCGGUAACCUGCUCUGUCAUGUUGUGGAACUUGGAGGGAUCUUCCGUUUUCGUUCUCGAAUCCCGAUACCACAGUCCGUCCACUACCAUCACAUCAUGGCUAUAAUCUAACGGACCCGCUCAUGUGGCAAUGAAUCCUUCUCUCACUUCUUCCUCCUCCUCUUCAUCUUCGUCCUGGCUCUUUGGAAUCGUUCGACCGGGUCGUUCAAGCAGUUUGAAGAUGUCCACUAAUUCCUCCGCCGUCGCUGCCUCCACCGACUCCGGCGGUCCCGUCGUCCGCAGAAAUCAGUUCCGAGGGGUUCUUUUCAAGUACGGUCCCAAGUCUAUUCAGGUUGCAUUUAAGACUGGCGAUUUCAAGCGGCAAGUCAUCUUUAUUGGUGGAUUGACCGAUGGUUUUCUUGCUACUUCAUACUUGGAACCUUUGGCAAUUGCUCUGGACCGUGAGAAUUGGUCAUUAGUUCAAUUUCUUAUGUCAUCUUCUUACAGUGGAUAUGGCACCUCCAGUUUGCAACAAGAUGCCAAGGAGCUUGAUCAGCUGAUUAAUUAUUUAAUUAACAAAGAGGAAUCCGAAGGCGUGGCAUUGCUAGGGCAUAGUACCGGCUGUCAGGAUAUUGUGCAUUACAUGCGCACAAAUUAUGCUUGCUCCCGAGCAGUUCGUGCUGCCAUCUUUCAGGCUCCUGUCAGUGAUAGGGAAUAUCAGGCUACGCUCCCUCACACAGCUUCUAUGAUUGACUUGGCUGCUAAGAUGAUAAGUGAAGGGCGAGGUUUAGAGUUAAUGCCAAGGGAACCGGAUCCUAGUGCCCCAAUAACUGCCUAUAGGUGAGUGCGGAAUUAUUGUCUGAGCAGCACAAACAGAGACAAGCUUGAUAUCAGUGAAUUGAUUAAGAUGUAGGAUUAAGAUUGAUCCGUAAGAUGCAUUAUUUGGAAAUAGGAUUUUAUUCAAUUGUAAAAUAAUCUUUGCUCAUCUAUAUCAAACCAAAGUGGUUUGUAUGGGAUAAUUCUUAGAUUGGCAUGGUCUACCACGUAAUCUUUUUAGCAUUUUUAUCAUUAUUUGAGAUGUGCAAAGAAACGGUCAUCACACUCUGGCACAUGUCGAUAAAAUAUUUGAAUUCCUAUGGUAGAGCUGCUUACCAAAGGAUUAUUUGUUAGUAUUCUGAAAUUUUUGAAAUGCCUAUUAUUUCUGUUAGGAUA